AUUGCUUUUCGUAUUUUCAUGUAAUUGUGUUUUAUUAUUACAAAAAGGAUGGAUGGUUGAAUAAUGUCAUGAAGGGUGUUGGUUAUGCACUGUACGUCAUGUUUCCUCUGUACCAGUCAUGCGUAAUCUUGCGCUGUUGGUUGGACACGGACUGCACACACCGGUGAGGAAUAAAUGUCCAAGCAACCCACCUUUUUUCUUAACACCACAAACUUUUCUAGUAAUAACAUCUUUCAUGUUGGAUGCAUCUUGGACGGACAGCCAGCAUCACUUGUUCCAGCUGUUGGGCAGCGCGCGUGAUUUAUUCCAUGAGCGCCUUCUGUUCAGUAUCUGAUCGCGUCGGUAUGGUAUGGUUUUCAGCUUAGUUUUUUUUGGGGUUGUCCUGAAGCGGAGUCGCAUAUAUUCGGACCGAUAUGAAAAUUACAUACGGUUUCGUGGUCGUCGGCGGGGGUUUAACGGGUGUUCUCAGUUUCAUCUCUUUAGCGCUUGCCAUUGGAACUGAAUACUGGUACAUCAUCGAGGACAAGCGCACGAACCACACCGACUCGGCGCGCACUAACUCUGGACUUUGGGGUGUUACAGAUGAUGUCCAAAGUCACACAGAAGACACUGGAUAUUCAGAAUCAGAAAGGCAGAUGGAAAUCAUGCAUAGCGUGAUUGCCAUCUUGCUGCCCUUGAGUCUGGUGAUGCUGGUGUUUGGAGGUAUCUGUGGCCUCGUCAGUUCCCUGGCCAGAAGCCGGACAUUCCUGAUCGGAUCCGCUUCAUAUUUCCUCCUGUGCAGUCUUCUCACUCUCUCUGGGGUGAGUCUGUACAUCAGGUACUCUCAGAAGGCUCUGGAAGAAACUGAAAGGCGGAUGGGCCGUGAGCAAAUGGCUCAAGUGCACACAUCAUUCGGCUGGUCUAUGGGCAUGGCCUGGAUCUCCUUUCUUCUGGAGGUGAUCACUGGUCUUCUCCUACUGCUGGCUGUCAGGCUGGUGCCUUUAACCCAGUAUGAAGAGUCUGUCGCCCCCAUAUAGAGACUCACCACCACCUCCUUGAACCAUACAUGUCCAUUUCAGGCAAGGUAGUCAGUAUUUGUCAAGGUAAGGCCUCCUCUCUGUCUUACAUUGUUAGCAAAUAUACAAUGGAAAUAAAUUGCAAUGGAAAAAAGAUAAAG